AGUGUCGUAGCUGUUCUCCUUGGCCUGUCAGAACGCGUAUAAUCGGCCAUGUGGCUCCAAGCGCCGGCGUUACGCGAGGAAUUUGCCGACAGGAUCACAUUCUGUAGUGUUACAUACCUAGGUACUGAACAUCCCUGAUAUAUAAGGCCCGACGCUCGACUGUCGCAUUAUAGACUGUCGUCAAACUCAACGAUACUGCCUUCCAAAAUUGGCCGAAGCGAGAACGUAGACUGAGAGCGACCGAAUUGUGCACGAGCGACAUCUAAUUGCAGGAGUUUGGUUGCAAAGAGAUGUCUCCGAGCAAGACCUAUUACAUGUGCUAUCCCGGGUACAAUCCCCCAACGAGCGAAGUGAAAUUGGGAUCCUUGCUACUCUCACCGACAGAUUUGGACGAGAACGAACCCAUCAACAAGGAUGCUGUUUUCGCGCCCGAGCUAUGGGAAGUCUACACUUCCAUCAAAAGGUGCCACAAAGGGACCUGGACGAGUAAAGACACCGCUCGCCCGAAACUCACCGAGCAACCGAUACAGCGGAUCUUCGGCGCUGAGAAAAAGCUUAUCUGGGAAUUGACGGCGGAGUUCGACACUUUCAAGACCAUCUAUUUUGAGCCGUCCGCGGAAUACAUCCAGAAGACUUGCGAGUACGAUAGUGUGCAGCGCAUGCUGGAGACACGUGCGGGUUUGGAUUUUGCAAGCGAUGACAGACACUUCACCUCAAAGAACCAUGUCUGGCUUGUCACUGGGUUGAAGGUCUUCGAAGGCGCCUCAUUGUCAUGUCUAUCAUAUUCGUGCAAUUCUCUGGAAUCAAAAAGGAUUAGAUUGGCCUCGAGAUUCGCACUCUCUUUCGACUGGGAAGAUGAAAAAUAUACAAGAGUUUCAUUUGGUACAGUGGGAGAGCAGAUCUUUGCAUAUCACCUCAAGCGAAUCACGAUCGGAAAGCCCCCAAAAUGCGAGCCUUACGAAACGGGCAAAAGGUUGACGUUUCAGGGUGCAAAAUCCUUCAAAGAUCCACCUUCUGAAAAGAUGUAUAGCCGGGAGACUGACAGGGAUAGUGACAGUGACAGUGACGAGGAGACGCUCGAUGGCGAACAUGAGGGUGGAACGGUUUAUCGGUGGGCGCCUAGCUCACGGAGCUGACGCAAUUUGCAUGAAUAAUACAUCUGAGACGGAACUGUUAUGGGCAAUACAGUCUAAUCGAAUUGAAACCAAGUCGUUCAAUUG